AGGGGGACUAUAUAAACAAGCGUCUCACCAAUUAUCACUAGUUGUUGCGGAACAGACCUCUGACCAGUAUGGAGGACAGUGGCCAGCGGAGACACCCUUUGGGUCUAGUGUUCCUUGUGGUUUUAGUGUUCGGACAUGUUACAGCCAGCGAAGAUGUUUGUCGGACGGAAUGCAAAGGUGCUGGAAAAACGUUUAAGUACGCCGCUGGUACGACGUACAAGUACAACUACGAUGGAAAAAUAGAAAUUUCGCUGUCUUCUGCGGAAGGACAAUCGACGGGCACGGAAGUCAAGGCCGAAGUACUGCUAACACAACAGGAUGAGUGCAAUCAAAUUCUGAGGCUGCACAACGUCCAGAUCUUGGGAUCCGAUGGCAAGAAAGUCGGUUCAAUCGCCGACAUAGAAAAGCCAAUCAGACUCAAUUUCAACGACGGCGAACUGUCAGACAGCAUCUGCGUAGUGGACGGUGACAACCAGAACUCUAUCAACAUCAAGAGAGCCAUAGCUUCCAUUUUCCAAGCCUCCCUAAAAUCCGGCUACGAAACUGACGUCUUUGGCAGAUGUCCAACUGAACUGUCAUCGCACAAAGAGGGAAACUUGUUGGUUAUCCAAAAAGCUAGAAGCCUGAACAAGUGUGCAUACAGAGAAAACAUCCAACAAGCAUUUUUGGCCACCGCUUUCAACUUGGACAGCGAAAUCAAAUCUAGUCCUCUGUUAAACGGAGAUUAUCGUGCUGUGAUCAAAUUGAAAAAUGGUGUAUUGGACCAGGCCACUGUAACCGAAAAUUACAUUUUCAUUCCUUUCUCUGUUGGUCAGAAUGGAGCUAAAGCCCAAGUAACCAGUAAACUGCAGUACACUGGCACUGGAAAAGAUGCUGUAGAGGCUCCAGUCAGCAAACCAAAAUCAAUCAUCUUUGAAAACCCCCAUCCCAUUGUUGCCUCAUCCAGUAGCGUACAAACCAUCGUCAACGCAGUUAAAGAAGUAGCCAAGACCAUCGAACUGGUUGUUAGCGAGUCAACGGCAAAGGAAUUCGUCAACUUACUUAAAAUUGUCAGAGUUAGCAAGAAAGCCGAUUUGUUAGCCGCCUAUAAUCAAAUCAAAAGUGGAGUUGGUGUAGGUGAUAAGGAUGCUGCCAAGAGAGUAUACAUCGAUUCGUUGUUAAGAUCAGGCAAUGGAGAAAGUGUCGAAGCUCUUCUUGAGCUCAUAAUCAAGAACGAACUCAGCGAGUCCGACUCAAAACUAGCCUUACUCGGUCUCAAUGUCGUACGCCAUGCAACUGAAGGAGCAUUAUCAUCUGCAGCUCAUUUACUGGACAACGCCAACCUUCCCCGCGAAGCUUACCUUGGAGUAGGCAACCUCGCUGGUCAUUUCUGCCGUCAACAUUCCUGCGAAAACAACGCAGCUGUUAAAGCUCUACUGAGCAAACUGUUAACCAAAAUUUCAAACAAAGCCACCAACAGAGAACAAGAAAACGACAUUAUCUAUGCUCUGAAAGCUCUUGGAAACGUUGGAUUUUUGAACGACAACACCCUUCAAAAACUCACAGGAAUUGCCCAAAAUAAAAACUUACCAAACAGGGUGAGAGUAGUUGCUCUAGAAGCUUAUUUAGCUGAUCCAUGCAAGAAUAAACUUCGUGAUAGCGCUCUACAAAUAUUGCAAGAUAUUCAACAAGAUACCGAAAUUAGGAUUAAGGCUUACUUGGUGGUAGCUCAGUGCCCUAAUGCCAAAGCAGGAAACGCUAUUAAGGCUCUGAUCGAAAAAGAACCAAGCAUCCAAGUUGGCGGUUUCAUAACAUCUCAUUUACGUACCAUCCGCACCUCCACCAAUUCAGACAAGGCCCUAGCCAAGCAGUUCCUCAACUUCGUCCCCAAGAAGCAAUUCACCUUCGACCCGCGCAGGUACUCCUUCAACAGCGAAUUCUCCUACGCCAUCGACACCCUCGGCGUUGCCACAUCCACCGAAGCCAACCUCAUCUACUCCCAGAACUCCUGGUUGCCCAGGUCCACCAGCCUCAACUUGACCGCUGAAGUUUUCGGGCAUAACUUCAACUUCCUCGAGCUCGAAACCAGACAGGAAAACUUGGAUCGCUUGGUAGAACACUACUUGGGACCUAAUGGUCUGGUUAGGAGUACUCCUGGAAAGGAAUUCGUAACUAAAGCUGUAACAGGAUACGGAAAAUUAACUGAAUACGUUCAGAACAAGUUGAAGUCUGAACUGCACAGGGCUAAGCGUGAUGUAACCAAAGCAGAAAUCGAUGCUAUCGCUAAACAGGUUCAGGUUAAGACUAACGAGCUUAACAAGGACUUGGAUUUGGAUUUAACUAUUAGGGCUUUCGGAUCUGAACUGUUCUUUGUGAAUGUUAACCAGGAAACUGCAUCUUUAACUCCCGAAGCGAUCGUUGAUAGGAUAGUGUCCCAGUUGAGUCAAGGAUUGGAUAAAUUAGUCAACUUCCAUGAAACUCUUCGUCGCAAUUUACUCUUCCUAGACGCCCAAAUCGACUAUCCAACUUCACUCGGUUUCCCGCUACGUCUAGCCGUUGAAGGUUCAGCCUCACUCCAAGCCCAAGUCCAAGGAGCAAUCGACGUGCGCAAAAUCCUUAAUAACCCAGACAACGGACAACUAUCCCUAAAACUCAUCCCCAGCGCCAACAUCGAGAUUUCUGGACGCUUAACCCUUGACGCCUUGGUGGUAGAAAACGGUCUCAAAGUUGUUUCAAACUUAUACACAGCCACUGGAGGUGAUGCCAGCUUAUCCUGGGACAAAAGCUCCGGAUUUGAAUUUAAAUUUGGCCUACCGGUACAAGAACAGAAGAUUGUAUCUGCUAAUCACGAAAUUGUGUUCCAUACAAGAGAACAAGCUGGCAAAGAAAAGAAUCUCCCUCUUAAAUUCACCCAAGUGAAAGAUUUCUCGGUUUGUCUGGACCAAUUUAGUCCAUUCAUCGGCCUAACUUUCUGUGCUGAAGUUAAUGGGCCUAAUGUAGGUGGAAAACAAGUUCCUAUUCUACCCUACCCACUUGCUGGAGACGCUAAACUCGCACUAACUAUCGAAAACGACGAUGUUUCUGAAUUCCUCAUCAAGCACUCGGUUCAAGGCAAUCCUCCAACUCACGCUGAGUUAGUACUACAGACAAUCGGCAAGAACAAAGCAGUUAAGGCCACUUUGGACCUUCAAGGAGAAUACUCUCCCGAAAAAUUCAUCAAACUUAGUUUGUCAUCAGCUGGAAAGAACGCAGGUGCUGAGCUAAGAUACAUUCACACCAACGUAGAAAGAUCUCUCUUAGCCAAAGUAAACAACGAUCAAGACGUAUACUCGGCUAAAUUGGGGAUAGCUAUCUCAGGCUCGCCUCAGCGUACAGUUUAUAAGCCACUAAUCGAAUUGAAGACACCAGGAGGUCAGCAAGUGUUGCCUGUGCAAGUACAGGGUCAGAUUAUUGUAGAAUCUAAUGGAAACAAUGUAAAAUAUGUGUUUGACAACGUGAAGUUCCUCUAUGAAAACAAGCAGUUCAGUAUCACUGGUCAUGUUGGAAAUGAGGGUGGUGUUAUUGACAGCGAUAUUAAACUGUCAGAUGGAAAGGAAUCUGUUAAUCUAGUUGGUCGAUUCCAAGCCACCUCAGAAUUGAUCAACUUCAACGCGAAAGUCCUCAACACCAUCAACAGCAAAGCCAACUUCAACCUCAAAGGAGAAUUCAAAAAACAACCCAAACUCUACGAGAGCUCUCUCAGUUUAGUACACGGUCCCGAUCUAAACUCAAAAACCUCAGUUCUAACUCUCAAAAACAGCUUCGUCAACCACUACGUAAACGCCCAAGACUACAAACUGGUAUUCAAGAACAGCGUCAACUACCCGCUUUUGGGAGUUGGUGCUAAAUUGGAGUUGGAAAAAACACCAAAAACUCUGGAAUACGAAGUUAGCGCCGAAUAUGGAGAAGUGAAAUUCGGUUCAGAACUCGAAUUAAAGACCAACCAGAAAUCAGAAGGAGAUUACGAUUUAGAAUUCGAUCUGUGGGGACUGGAGAACAAGGUUGAAUUAAAAUCAAGCAGGCAGGUCUUGCCGAACGACGAGAGUAAAAUCAAAAACACCAUAGAAGUGAACGGUAAAAAACUGGAAAUUGACGGUAAAGUACGUCAUUCUAUCCGUCCACAUAGCAUCGAUGUUGGUGCUGAUCUCUCAGUAAACCUCCCAACACAAGCAGCUCCUUUCAAAGUCAGCAGCGGAUUAAAGAUCAACAAAGAGGAAUUCGACGGUUUCCAAAAAAUCAGCUCAGGAAACGAAGUAAUUGUUGAUGCUUUCCUCAAAGCCAACCCAGGUUUAGACGCUAACGGAAGCCUCAAAGUUAACAUCAAAAAUAUAAUAAACAUCGACGGUAAAAUCCACUCAAAUAAAGGUUCAGGUAAUGGGGAAGUUUUAGUCGAUAUCCCAGGUGGUCAAAGACAGAUCAAAGGAGAAACCUCUUUCCAUAUAGUACCUUUAAAAGUUCUUGACUUCACUUUCACACUCUAUCCCUCUUUCAAUAAGGACAAAAACCUUAAAGUGUUCCUCAGCACUAACAACAAAUACUCCGACACUAGUCUAGAAUCUAGUAAUAAAGUAGAUAUCUUAGGAAAUCCUGUAGAACUUAACCUCAAAGUAUCCAAAACUGGAGACAGUAAAAAUGGCAAGCUCGACAGUGACGUCGAAAUAACUCUACUCAACGACCAAUACAUCGCCAUUAAAGCAGCCUGUGAUCACAAACACAUCAACAACUUAGAAAGUGGACAGAGCCAGGGUAGCAUCGAGUACAGGAAAAAUAAAAACGCAGCUGGCAAGAAACUGACAUUCAAGGGAGUAUGGAAGGACACGAGUUUCGAGGAUAAAAUCUUUGACAUCGACUACACGUUCUCUGCUGACGAUAGUAACGGUCAAAAUAUCAACUACGAUAUCGCAUUGAAACGAUCAGUUCAAGGAAACAACAACCAGAUUUCUGGAAGGGCUAAGCUUUAUGGCAGUGCCUUGAAAAACCCUCACGAAGCCUCAAUAACUCUUCAAGGUAACGCUGAAAUUGGGCAGUACGAAUUAGUUAGCACUCAUGGUCCAGGUGACAGUGUCAACAUUAAAGGAAACUACGACAUCAAAAAUGAAGAUAAGGCAUCUGGAGCAUUUAAUUUACAAGCUUCAUCGACUUACAAAGCACUAAAAACCCUAAACCUCGAUCUUAAAGGAUCAGUUGUUCGUCCUAGAGGUAUCGACCAACCUAUCCAACUCGAAGGUUCUGUCAAUAUCUUCGCUGACGAUGACGGAACUCAGCCUGAACCUAUCAUCGAUUUCAAAUCUCAGGGAAGUCUCAGAGCAGGAAUUAAAGAUGGAGAAGUAAAAGGAAAUGUGGUUUUACAUAAUGUCGACCCUAUUAACUUCGAUGCCAGUUAUAAUAUCGAAAAAAGCAAAGAAAGCGGACAUUUACUUGUUAACUACGCUAAUGGAAAGAGUAUAAAAUUGGACGGAUCAUUUGAAAGAGUUUCUGAGCUUCAUAUUAAGUUGGCUGCAGAUUUACAUACACCAGUUGAAGGAUACAAAAGCGUUAAUCUGUUGAUUGACUCAAAACGUACCAAAGAUAACAGGGAAUUCCAAGGUCUGACUAAAGUUACUGUUGAAGGAAAGGUUUACAAGUUGGAGUCCGAUCUGGCUCUGAGCGAUCUGUCACCUGUCAUUGAUAUUAAGUACACCAAUCCGGAAGGAAAAAUCAGCCAAGCUUAUCUGAAAGGAAACAAAGUUAAUGACAGACAAUAUGGAGGUGAAGUGAAAAUUAUAAGUGAACCAAGACAAUUCCACCUGGACGGUUCCUUGAACGUCAAUAUCGAAACAAUAGACAAUUUCGUUAUCAAAGGAAAAAUAAACUCCCCCAGUCUAAAAUGGAACAAAAUCGUUUUUGAAGCACAGAACAAACCUGGAAACAACGACCGCAAAAUCCAAAUCCUGGUAAAAUCAGACGGAAAGAACAUCAUUUCCGGCUCAACAAGCUACUCGUCCAAAGAAGAAAACGGUAAAGUAAUCGUAGAAGGCUCUGGGUCGUUCAAGGUCCACGAAGAAACCAAAUCUGGCAACUUCAAAUACAUUUCCCAGAAACUGGAAACCGCAAAGAACGGAGAACAAGGAACACAGGAGUCGUUGGAUGCAGUUUUGGGCAGCAAGGCUAUUGAUGCUGAAUUCAAAUUGACCGAUAAACAUUUCAGGUUCCAAACUUCUGUGUGCGAACAGAAGAAAGAGUGUACUUAUGUGGAGAUCGACAACAAAAUCACUUCUAACGAUAUUAACAACUUCAACCAAGUCCUUGAAGUAAACCUGGAUCUGCGCAAGUUAGGUCUCUCUCACGAAUUUGGAUUAAAGGCUGUAACUUCGAAGAAACAAUGGCUGAUAGAUCACACCGUCGAUGCCCAUUUCCAGAACCAAGAAAACAGCAAAUACCAGUACAGUUUCUAUAUUCAUCCCCAGGAAGCUGGAUUAUCAUUGACCACACCCAAAAGAAUAAUUGCUCUCGAAGGUAAAUCUCAUCUGGACCAGAAGAGCGGAGAAUAUGCCAAAGGAAACGGAGAUAUCGGGUUCUAUCUGGAUAAAAAGAAUCACGCUAACAAGAGGACUGCUUUGACAUGGAGCUUCGAUGCUAACGCCAGAGGAAUCGUUACUGGGGAUGUUAAAUUCACUCACCCAGGUUUACGUAAGCCACUGUCAGCAUCUGUUAAGACAACCAGAAGCGGCACUCCCUACAAAGGAAAAUUAGACUUCAUUACAGAAUUGGACGUGUUCGCUCAAGACAACCAAAAGAUUGUUACCACAUACACUCAGGAAGUCAACAUUGAUGAAUCAUACGUGAAGGGUUUGAGCAAACGAUCAAUCACCAUUCAAAGCAAAGGUUUAGGCAUCGACUUCGCCACCAGCGAAGAUAUAUCUGCAGACAGAAAUGCUCGCUUGUUCACGUACGACUGCAAGGCCAGAUAUCACGGCAAAAAAGCAAACUACGAAAAUGUCUACUCUGUCAAACUUUCGCCAAAUGAACAGAGCGGUUUACUGAAGCUGUUUAAUAAAAAUAUCUUUAAAUAUCUGAACAAGUUCAUUGAAAAAACCGACAAGGAACUUAUUGUAGAAUCAGAAGUAUCUUCUUUCGACAACGACUCUAUACUUGCGCGAUUGGAAUUGAAGAACUACAACAGCCUAGCUUACAGUGUUGGAUUCAAAAAAACGCCAAACAACAAACUGACAUUCAACGCCGCCCUGAUCCCCGGCCAGAUCGCCGACGUCCGAGCCGAUGACGUCAUCGACGGCAAGAAAACGCCCCUCUACUACAUCACCGUGAAACUGGACGACGCCGACUUCUUAAAAUCCGACCACAAACUCGACUCCAAAGCCAUAGAAACCGUUUUGCAACGCGAAAAACAAUUCACCGAAAACUAUUUCAAGAGUAUCGAAGCCCUGGUUAAAGAAUGGAGCGAACAAGCUCAAAGCGAGGUCCAACUUAUCGGAGAAAUCCUUAAGAAAGCCCAGCCUAACUUGAACCCAUUGAGGCAGUACUACACCACCGAGCUUCAAGAGUUCAAGCAAGAAAUCUUGAACGACAAGAGCCUGAAAGAGUUAAGCGAAGCAGUUACUCAAGUCUUGGGAGCUUUUAUUUCUGCCCUCACAGAUCUGGUCGAUAAACUUAGCCAGAUUGCUGAAAACGCUGUUCAAGCCCUCCAAAGCACCUUUGCUGGAGUUAUUGAUAGCAUCGAAAAACAACUGAUUCCACAAAUUAAGGAAGCAUACUCUAAACUACUUGGUGUAGCCAAAAACGUUUUGGGAACUGUAUCUGACAUCGUAUUUGCUGUUUUGGGUAAAAUCAGUCAUAUAAUCGAACAGUACCAGCCCGAACUUAAGUCUCUGGCUACCAGUUUCAGUAGUGUCGGUCAAGAUUUGGGAAAAGUACUUCAGUCGACUUACCAGAGCUUGAGAGAAUUUAUCAGCAAUAUCAGAAUUGAUACAGGAUUCGUUGCUGAACUGAAAUCUCAGUACCAACAGCUCAUCAAAGAAGGCCUGCCAAAUGCCGAGGUUAUUAUUAACACCAUUGGAGAAGUGUUCAAUACUGUGAAGGAUGUAAUACCGCCAGAAUUCAUAGUUAAGGAUGAAAUUGCACAGUUUUUGGACACUCUAGUUGGUUAUAUUGAAAAGAAACUGAAAAACCAAGAAGUUAAUGAUGGUGAAGUAUUCGACAAACUGGGCAAGAUUGUGGUAUCCAUAAUCAACAAGAUAGUCAACCUGGUUUCAUCAGAAUGUUGCGAAGUUAGCGCUGCAAAACUAGAUCAUAAAAAUAUCAUCCCACCCAGCCUAAUCAGUAGUCUUCCUCGACUUGUUGCAGCUAGAUUCUCCGUAUUGAACUACUUGCAAAACGAGAACACGUUUGCUGAAGUCAGUAACUUAAUCAGCAGCGUUUUGAGAAGCCCUACCUUAUUACCGCCAUUCCCAUUAUUCGGUUUAGUGAUCCAAGGACAACACAUCUUCACUUUCGAUGGUGAACAAUACUCUAUUCCCGGAACAUGCAACUACUUGUUUGCCAGAGACGCUGUCAACGGUAACUUCAGCAUCGCCGGUAGCUACAAGGACGGUCAUCUGGCUUCCGUUACUCUUGCCGACAAAAAUGACGUCAUCACUCUGGUCAAGGGUGGACAAGUGAAAGUUGGAAACGCUGCGCAAGAACUACCAGUCCGUAGACCCAACCUGGCUGCCUGGAGAGACUACGAAGUUGUCACCCUCUUCUCGACCUCUGGAGCUUCCGUAGUGUGCGUUCCAGACCUCACAGGCUGUGCAGUCUCCAUUUCCGGAUACUACCACGGUCAAGUCAAGGGACUUCUGGGUAACGGUAACAGCGAACCCUUCGACGACUAUACAUUACCCAGCGGCAAGGUUGUCACGUCCGAGAGUGAAUUCGUCAACAGCUACAAGUUGAAUAGUGGAUGUGCUGACGUCACUGUUAAGAGCGAUGCCGUUCCUGAGAAUCCAAUCUGUAACAAACUCUUCAGCUGGGAAUCUUCUUUGAGUCCUUGCUUCGCUUUUGUACCAGUCGAAAAGUUCAAGUUGGCUUGCGCUCGUGGUCUUGCCUCUGGAACCAAAGGAAUAGAAGAAUCCAUUGCCAAAGCUUACGUUGCCGCUUGCCAUGAAAGAAAGAUACCAGUCCAUGUCCCUAAAACAUUAUUAAAAUGUACGAACAGCGAUAAACCCUACAGCAUUGGCGAAUCGUUCAGUGUCAAACUUCCCUCUAAAUCUGCUGACGUCGUCAUCAUCUUGGACACAGAUAAACAAAACGAAGUUUUGUACAAACAACUUCUGCAGCCACUCAUUCAAGAUGUUACUAAAGAAUUCCAUACCAAAGGAAUAACCGAUGUUGAAUAUCACCUGAUCACUUACGGCGGUCUCAACCAAUGGCCCAGUCAUGUCACAGCGGGUGGAAAACUCACCUUCAAAGGAAAAGUUCCCCAGGUCAAAUUCGGCGAUUCUCCUAAAGACGAGCUCAGCACAGAAGAAAUUAAAAACACCAAAGUCCAGUACUACGCUUCCUUGGCCAAAGAACUCCUCCACGACCUAAAAUUGGCAACCGGUUUGAAUCUGAAGACUCAAACCUACGAUGAAGCUUAUAAAUAUCCGUUCAGAGUUAACGCAUUGAAAUCGAUCAUCGUGGUUAACGGUCAAUCUUGUGAAGUUGGCAAAUUAUACCCUAUUCAAAAAUUAAUCGCUUCCCUCUACAGUAACUCUCAAAUCUCCAUCAACCUGUUCAGCCCUGUCAAGACUCUCUCCGUCAAAGACCCCAAGAAGAUCAAGGAUAUCGUUGGAUUCAACGAUGAAUCCGUCAUUACUUUGUCCCAGAGUAAAAAGGCUCCCAAAGGCAGUUCUGAACUGCACAAAGAGCUCGACUAUGAGGACUACUGUCUGGAAUUUGUCAUUAACAACCGUGGUAACGUUUUCAUCAACGAAAAUUUCCUGAACAACAAAGGAGAACAGAAGCAGUUCCUUCACACUGCUGCCGUCAACAUUGUUGAUCAACUGAUCAACAAAGAACAAGGCUUGGAUUGCGAGUGUAAAUUGGUGAACCCCUGGAACGCCGCUAACGUCUGCAAAGAAUCGUUCAUCAAAGACAGAGCAUCGAAAAAAGUAUAACCACACUAGACAAGCCGCGGAGAUUGACUACCACCGCAAAACCCUAUAAUUCUUAGGUUAGUUUUUAAGUUUAAUAUUUUUUAUACACAGACAAGGUAUUCCUAAAUUAUUAACUAAUAUUUAAGACCAAAGCAAGUUCAAUAUUAUAGGAAUAAGAAUGCAAAUAUAAGAAUGUUUUAAUAUUAA